AAACACUGGACCUGUUUUGCAGCUGGGAACUGGGAUUGUCCCAGCAGAGCGACUUGCUCGUCUGAUGAAUCCUGCUGCUCGUAUCAGUGAUCCGUCCGCGACAUUCGUGACUUCCUGUGCCCGCUCGUCGCGGGAAGUGACGAGCCUGGACGGGCGCUAACGACUUCGGUGCCUUCAGCAUUGAAAGCAACAGGAUGAGCAUUUUGCAGUCUCGGCUUCCGUUGAGCUGUUUCAACGGCACGCUUCGUAUCAUUUCAACGACAGGGAAAUCCUUCUCACUCUAGUACCGUGUGUCGCCUGUGCUGGUAGGCUUUCCCUGCGGAAGGACAGCUGCCAGAUUUAAUAGGCCAACUGUAGCCAAAGGUCGUCAUUCGUCCAGAUUGUCUUGCUCGCAUCGAUCCGCACCCAUCGCGCCGUUUUUACCGUUGAUAAGAGCUCCUCGGCUCAUAUUAUAUGUUCGUGGAGUUUCCUCCGUAGUUGAGCCACUCUUAGUUAAGUUUCCAAGGCGAUACUGCUUAUCCGGUGCCAGUGGCUGGCAUCACUGUUACAACUCGCAAGUUCAGUCGUUGUCACGGGAGCGUCUCGUGUGGUUCGUUCUGAAUCCAGAGCCUCAUCCUGAUUACAUAAAAGUCCCGGGUUACUUCCCCAGGCGCCGUCGCGAGGAUAACUAGCCGUUAUUGUUGGAAAGAACAGCCGUAAAGCGCAGACGUUAUGAUAAGGAUGAAUGGCGGGCAGCAGCGGGUGCAGGCGCCGCGGCGGAUCGGCAAGUACGAGGUGGGCGGCACGCUGGGCGAGGGCACUUUCGCGAAGGUGAAGCACGCGGUGAACGCGGAGACGGGCGACGCCGUGGCGAUGAAAGUGCUGGAUAAGGAGAAGAUCAUCCGGCACAAGAUGGUGGACCAGAUCAAGAGGGAGAUUUCCGUGAUGAAGCUCGUCCGCCACCCUAACGUGGUGCGGCUGUAUGAGGUUUUGGCCUCUCGCACCAAGAUCUACAUCAUUUUGGAAUUCGUUACAGGAGGCGAGCUCUUUGACAAGAUAGUCAACAAGGGCCGGCUGGAGGAGGGCGAGGCGCGGCGGUACUUCCAGCAGCUGAUUGAUGCGAUCGAGUACUGCCACAGCAAGGGAGUGGCACACAGAGAUCUCAAGCCGGAGAAUCUUCUUUUGGAUUCUAAGGAUAAUAUCAAGAUCUCGGACUUUGGCCUCAGCGCCUUGCCACAGCAAGUCAGGGCGGACGGUUUGCUCCACACAACGUGCGGCACCCCCAACUACGUUGCUCCCGAGGUGUUGAGCGACAGGGGCUACAACGGAGCUCUAGCGGACAUCUGGUCGUGCGGGGUCAUUCUCUACGUGCUCCUAGCCGGUUUCCUCCCCUUUGACGAGCCGGACGUCCCUUCGCUUUAUAGAAAGAUCCAAAGAUCUGAUUUCGGAUUCCCCACGUGGUUCUCAGCUGGAGCGAAGAGACUGAUCACUGGCAUACUGCAACCAAACCCAAGGGUGAGGUAUCGGUAUGAGGAGAUAAGGAAGGAUCCAUGGUUUCGCACAAACUAUGUCCCGGUGCCGAUUCCGAAAGACAUUCCUGAAGACAUGGACGAUGUUGAUGCUGCCUUUGGUGGCAACGGUGCUGGUUCUGGUGCUGCCAAUGCAGCUGUCAACAGUGCUGGCAACGGUGCUGGCAACGGUGCUAAUAGCUGUAGUGCGGUUGGUGCUGGUGAGACUGCUACUGGGAGUAGCAGCAGCAGUGCUGUCAGUGGCGAUGCCAAUACUUGUGCCACGUGUGCAGAAAAGCAGCAGCAACAGCAUCAGAAUCAACAGCAGCAGCAGCAGGAGCAGACAGGGUUAGAGGGAUCUGGAAACCCAAAGGAGGAACACAGAGGCGGGUUGUCCUGUCAGCUGGGAGGACCGUCUUUCAAGCUCAACAACAAGAGUGUCAGAGGGGUAGAGCACGCACCAUCUAGUGCUAAGAAGAGUAUUAACAGCAGCAGCGGAAACAGUGACAGCAGCAGCGGCAGCAACAGCACUAGUACCGCCAGCACCAGCAUCAGCGGGAGCAAGUGCGGCAGCAAUAGCAGUCCAACGAUAAUCCAUGGGUUUUCACUCAGCAGUACCAAUGACCUGUGCCAGAACCCCGGCUGUAGCCAGAAUACUAGCAGCGCCUGCUACAACCCUCCCAGAAGCCAGAGCACCGCUUUGUGCUGCGAUUCCGGCUGCGGCCCUAGCUGCUCUCACAGCACAAGUGUGUGCUACAGCCCGGGUUGUAGCGAGGAAGUUCCCUGUAGCAGCACGUGUGAAGAGGCUCAUGUGGACAGGCACCUUCUGGCCGCGGGGGUGAGAGGGGAGAGAGGAGGAGUAGGGGAGGAUGGGGAGUGGGGGGAUGAACCUAGGCCAACUACUCUGAACGCUUUUGACCUGCUGAUUCUGGCCCAGGGGUUCGACCUUGGGGGAUUAUUCAACAGCCCAGCCUUGUUGGGAGGAAAAACGCACGAGGGGAAAGGGGAAGGAGGAGCGAGGGGAGAAGGAGGUGGAGGAGGAGUAAUCGCAGGAGGGGUGGGGGGGAGUGGGCAAGAGCGGGAGAGGCUUCGCUACAACAACACUCGGUUUUUGUCACAUGUGCCAGUGAGGCGCCUGGUUGGGAGAGUGGAAGCAGCAGCAGGGGAGCUGGGGUUGCACGUGGCGAGAGAUGGAUUUAAGCUCCGGCUCGAGUUGCGACACACAGCAGCAGAUACGCCAGCAACUGCAGCAUCUGCAGCAGAUACGCCAGCAGCAUUCGCAGCAGCAUCGCCAAAGGAAGAGCAACCGUGCGAUCAGGCCAGAGCAAGUGCAGAUUCCUCAGGGGACGGAGACGGGGGUAGAGGAGGAGGAGGAGGAGGAGGAGGAGGAGGAGGAGGAGGAGGAGGAGGAGGAGGAGGAGGAGGAGGAGGAGGAGGAGGAGGAGGAGGAGGAGGAGGAGGAGGAGGAGGAGGAGGAGGAGGAGGAGGAGGAGGAGGAGGAGGAGGAGGAGGAGGAGGAGGAGGAGGAGGAGGAGGAGGAGGAGGAGGAGGAGGAGGAGGAGGAGGAGGAGGAGGAGGAGGAGGAGGAGGAGGAGGAGGAGGAGGAGGAGGAGGAGGAGGAGGAGGAGGAGGAAGAGGAGGAGGAGGAAGAGAUGAUACAGCAGCAGCCGCAGUGACAGCAGCAGCAACAGAAGAGGAAGCAGCAAGGGGAGCAGCAGGAGAAGCAGAAGAAGCAGGAGGCAUGGGCGCAGGAGCAGCAGCAGCAGCUGCAGGUCCUGCUUCGCCCGUUACUGCUUCUGACGCUGCAGCUCAUGGUGAUGGGCAGACCUCGGCUGCUGUGGCAGGGCACAACGCCAUUGCAGCUGUAGUUGUGGAGGUUUUCUCCAUUCUUCCGGGCCUUCACAUGGCGGAAAUUCGGCACGAAGCGGGCAACUCACUAGAGUAUAUGCAGCUGUGCCAGGCACUCCAUGCCAAACUCCGGGACCUCAUAAUGGCCCCACACCUGCCGACAGACAAGGACGCCGCCAAGGGUGGUAUCGGCAGCAGCAGUGGUGGCACGGGGACGGGGCUCAAGCCAACACGGCCACGGCAGAUUGCUGCUUAUCCUCGCAUGGGGAUCAUUCCACGAGUGUGACCAUUGUAGUGUUACGUGUGCUUCGCACCUGCUUGUACACUGCCGCUUCCCUACUACCCCACUAAGGGAAAGCUACAACAACACUAGAUGAGCCAUUUGUUUUGUAUAGUAGUAUUAGAAUGCACAUGCCAAUUGAACUUGGUGAAACGUAUAAAUAUGCCCUAAGUGGGUACUAAGGUUAUUAGUCAUGCAUCAUAUGUCUACUACUGAUAUGUACAACUAGUGGCUAUGCAAUGGAUUUUCACAGGGA